AUGAAUUGGAACUGGAGGGUGUACCCGUCCUCUGAUGUCGAGAUUCAUGAGCUGAUUGGGCUUCAAAGAAGGUUUGAGAAUAUAAGGCUUAAUGAUAAUGAAGAUAGUUGGCUUUGGAAUGGGGAGGUAGACAAAGAAUUUUCGGUUUGUGAGGUUCAGAAAUGGAUUAAAGGCGAUGUAGCAAGGGAUACUCAUGGUUGUUACAAAUGGUGUAAAUGGGUUCCAAAUAAAUGUAAUGUUUUUAUGUGGCGCGCUCAAAUGGAUAGGAUCCCGACAAAGAUGGCUAUUAGGAGAAGAAAUAUUAUGGUUGGAGAUAACUUAUGUGCUUUAUGUGGCAUUUCGGAUGAAAACUCGAAUCAUUUGUUUUUAGCUUGUAGCGUGUCGAGUGGAGUUUGGCUCGUAAAAGAUGUGGAGCGGAUAGUGGAGUCGAUGGGCGAAUCGGAUUUGAAGAAAGAGAUAAUUUAUGGUAUUCUUAUUGUUAUAUGUUGGCGUAUUUGGAAGGCUAGGAAUGAGAAGGUUUUCGCUAGUGUCAUCCCGAACGUGGUCCAACUGAUUUCCGAUAUAAAAUCUUUGGGGUAUCUUUGGUAUAGGAAUAGAAAUAAGAAGGGCACGGCGGUUAUUUCUUACUUGGAGAUUCCGUCGGUUUUGUGUUUUAAUGAAGUUCGCCUUUAA